AAAUAAAUGUUUCACCUGAAGGAGGAGAAAAGCCUUCCACUGACUCACUCUUAGGAGGGUUUUCCCACAUGCUUUGAACUUAAGCAACAAUGGAAAUCCUAUCCCUUGUUUUCUGAGUUGACACAGUGCCAGUCUUCAUUAAAGAGGGUAGUUAGUGAAAUAAACUGUCCCCUAAUCCCUCUCAUAUGAAAUAUGAGGACCGUGGUUAAGAUGAUGGAGUCCAGAGAGGUGGAAAUAAAUUAAGUAAAGGAAACAAAUGGGAGACACGAGGUGGACAGCUCUUGAUGUACUGUGCGCAGGCUUCAGCUUUCUGCCGCCUGGAGAAACAGCCCCUACAGUUGCAGUUCUACAGGUUAAUAACAAUAAGCAGGGGUGGAGUGCUUAAGCCUUUUAAGAGAAUGAUAAACACGGCGGAAGGCGUGUCUUCGUGGGCUCCACUCCCUUGGGGCUGUGGUCACGUGGGCUCAGUACUUCCCGAUUCCCAGCCACUGUCUCCUUAGGCUGUGGUCUGAAUGUGGAGGGAGGCAGGGAAACUCGGAAGGAAAUUUAAACGCUGAGAGCAGGGUCGGAAGAACAAUGCCGCACUUCACUGUGACCAAAGUGGAGGACCCAGAGGAGGGUGCAGUGGGCCCUGAGCCCAGCUCAGCACAAGUAAAAGCCUGGAUUCAGGAUCCCCAAGAGCCAGACCCGAGUCAGAACUCCGUCACAGGGGAGCACAGCCAGCUGUUAGAUGAUGGACAUAAGAAAGCUCGAAAUGCUUAUCUCAAUAAUUCCAACUAUGAAGAAGGAGACGAGUAUUUUGAUAAAAAUCUGGCACUCUUUGAGGAAGAAAUGGACACCAGACCAAAGGUAUCUUCUCUCCUCAACCGCAUGGCCAACUAUACUAAUCUGACACAAGGAGCAAAGGAACAUGAAGAGGCAGAGAACAUCACUGAAGGGAAAAAGAAGCCAACCAAGAGCCCCCAAAUGGGUACUUUCAUGGGUGUCUACCUCCCAUGUCUACAGAAUAUUUUUGGAGUGAUCCUCUUUCUGCGUCUUACCUGGGUAGUGGGCACAGCCGGAGUCCUCCAGGCCUUUGCAAUUGUCCUUAUCUGCUGCUGCUGUACAAUGUUAACUGCCAUCUCCAUGAGUGCCAUCGCCACUAACGGAGUGGUACCAGCUGGGGGCUCAUACUUCAUGAUUUCCCGGGCCCUGGGCCCAGAGUUUGGUGGGGCUGUGGGCCUCUGCUUUUAUCUUGGCACCACGUUUGCAGCAGCCAUGUAUAUUCUUGGUGCCAUUGAAAUUUUUCUGGUGUAUAUUGUUCCCCGAGCUGCCAUCUUUCGAAGUGACGAUGCACUCAAGGAAUCAGCAGCCAUGCUAAAUAACAUGCGUGUCUAUGGCACAGCCUUCUUGGUCCUCAUGGUCUUGGUGGUAUUCAUCGGAGUACGCUAUGUUAAUAAGUUUGCCUCACUUUUCCUGGCCUGUGUAAUUGUGUCCAUCUUGGCUAUCUACGCUGGUGCAAUCAAGUCUUCCUUUGCUCCACCACACUUCCCAGUCUGCAUGCUGGGCAACCGCACCCUGUCAUCAAGACAUAUUGACGUUUGCUCUAAGACCAAGGAAGUUAACAACAUGACAGUGCCAUCAAAGCUGUGGGGAUUCUUCUGCAACUCAAGUCAGUUUUUUAAUGCCACCUGUGAUGAGUACUUUGUGCACAAUAACGUCACCUCAAUCCAGGGCAUUCCUGGGCUGGCUAGUGGGAUCAUUACUGAAAACCUUUGGAGUAAUUAUUUACCAAAGGGUGAGAUUAUUGAAAAGCCAUCAGCCAAGUCAUCUGAUGUCGUGGGCAACUUAAACCAUGAGUAUGUCCUUGCUGACAUCACCACCUCCUUCACUCUCCUGGUGGGGAUCUUCUUUCCUUCUGUCACAGGUAUCAUGGCUGGGUCCAACAGAUCCGGAGACCUGAAAGAUGCUCAGAAGUCCAUUCCCAUUGGAACCGUCCUUGCCAUCCUGACCACAUCCUUUGUGUAUUUAAGCAAUGUUGUCCUUUUUGGUGCAUGUAUUGAAGGAGUCGUUCUCAGAGACAAAUUCGGGGAUGCUGUGAAAGGUAAUUUGGUUGUCGGCACAUUAUCCUGGCCAUCCCCAUGGGUGAUUGUUAUUGGCUCCUUCUUCUCAACAUGCGGGGCUGGACUGCAGAGCCUCACGGGUGCACCUAGGCUGCUACAGGCCAUUGCCAAGGAUAACAUCAUCCCUUUCCUUAGGGUUUUUGGUCACAGCAAAGCCAAUGGGGAGCCUACUUGGGCCUUACUUCUAACUGCUGCCAUAGCGGAGCUAGGAAUUCUCAUCGCCUCCCUGGAUCUUGUAGCCCCAAUUCUUUCUAUGUUUUUUCUCAUGUGUUACCUCUUUGUGAACUUGGCAUGUGCCUUGCAAACAUUACUCCGAACCCCCAACUGGAGGCCCCGAUUCCGUUACUAUCACUGGGCCCUCUCUUUCAUGGGAAUGAGUAUCUGCCUGGCUCUGAUGUUCAUCUCCUCCUGGUAUUAUGCCAUUGUAGCCAUGGUAAUAGCUGGUAUGAUCUACAAGUACAUUGAGUAUCAGGGGGCUGAGAAAGAAUGGGGUGAUGGUAUCCGUGGGCUGUCACUCAGCGCAGCCCGCUUCGCUUUGCUCCGCCUAGAGGAAGGACCUCCUCACACUAAAAACUGGAGGCCUCAGUUGCUGGUUCUGCUGAAGCUGGAUGAAGACUUGCAUGUCAAGCACCCGCGCCUCCUCACCUUUGCCUCCCAGCUUAAGGCAGGAAAGGGACUCACCAUUGUGGGCUCUGUCAUCGUGGGGAACUUCCUGGAGAACUAUGGUGAAGCGCUGGCUGCGGAGCAGACCAUUAAGCACCUAAUGGAGGCAGAGAAGGUAAAAGGAUUCUGCCAGCUGGUGGUGGCUGCCAAGCUGAAAGAGGGCAUUUCCCACCUUAUCCAGUCCUGUGGCCUUGGGGGCAUGAAGCACAACACCGUGGUGAUGGGCUGGCCCAAUGGCUGGCGUCAGAGUGAAGAUGCUCGUGCGUGGAAGACCUUCAUUGGCACAGUUCGAGUGACAACUGCUGCCCACCUAGCCCUGCUGGUGGCUAAAAAUGUCUCCUUCUUUCCCAGCAACGUGGAACAAUUUUCUGAGGGCAACAUUGAUGUAUGGUGGAUUGUGCAUGAUGGGGGCAUGCUCAUGCUAUUACCGUUCCUACUGAAACAGCACAAGGUAUGGAGAAAAUGCAGCAUUCGGAUUUUCACAGUAGCCCAACUAGAAGACAACAGCAUCCAGAUGAAGAAGGACCUGGCCACCUUCCUGUACCAUCUGCGCAUUGAGGCGGAAGUGGAAGUGGUGGAGAUGCACGACAGUGACAUAUCUGCCUAUACCUAUGAGCGUACCCUGAUGAUGGAACAGAGGUCCCAGAUGCUCCGGCACAUGCGGCUAUCCAAAACAGAACGAGACAGAGAGGCACAACUGGUGAAAGAUCGAAACUCAAUGUUACGCUUAACUAGCAUUGGUUCUGACGAGGAUGAAGAGACAGAAACUUACCAGGAGAAGGUCCACAUGACUUGGACCAAGGAUAAAUACAUGGCAUCCCGGGGACAAAAGGUCAAGUCAAUGGAAGGAUUCCAGGACCUACUUAAUAUGCGUCCGGACCAGUCCAAUGUGAGGCGGAUGCACACGGCAGUGAAGCUCAAUGAAGUCAUAGUUAACAAGUCCCACGACGCAAAGCUGGUUCUGUUGAAUAUGCCAGGGCCACCCCGAAACCCUGAAGGUGAUGAGAACUACAUGGAAUUCCUAGAAGUACUCACGGAGGGAUUAGAGCGAGUCCUUCUCGUCCGGGGUGGUGGCAGUGAAGUGAUCACCAUUUACUCAUAAUCAGCUUGUGGAAUGUUCUGCUUGGUCUUACCGUCCCUAAAAGACUCACAUCCAUGGAGAUAACAGCUCUUUCCUACCACUCCCACUCUAAUCUUGCAGAGCUGAGCCCCAACUAUGCUCUUGGCUGCAACAUGAUCUGCCAUCCCAGCAGAAGCAAAUACUCCCUCAACAUCAGAAUGGUCAAGUCUUAAAAGCUAUUUCUAUAGCUGGAGAAGACAAGUCAAAAUUAGCAAACUAAGCCUAAGGGAACCUUUUGGCAUGCUGAAGGUAGUGAGUGAGUAAAAUAUGCUAGAAAUUUAACUAAAAACAGAAAACAAGUUCAUAUCCAACAUUCAGGAUAAGUGUCAGAAGACACAGUUCAGUGAUGGCACCAGAGAGGUUAUAGGCAGUCAGCCUUACCUUAAUGAAAAAGAAUGGCCAAGUGAAUGUUACCAUUGGGGAGAUGGCCUGCAGCAAGCAAGAUGGAAACUUAGGUUACCAAGAUACAGAACCUGAAACUUAGCUGCAGCCUCUGCUUCCCCAGAUACCAAGUUUUAUUGUCUGUGCUGUGCCACUGUAUAUUCUGUCUUUAAAACCCAUUCUGUGGUUAUAAUGCAGACAGUGUUACUAUAGAAGUGGUUUUUGAAGGUAAAAAUUGUUUUCAGGUUUUCAAGUGGCUGAACUAAGGGGAUUCCAAAGAGUACCUAUAAAAUGUACAGAAACACAGUCUGUGGUUAGCUAUGCAACACAAAGCACAUACAUUAUUAUCUAAGAAAUGUAGGUUGUUAUGUAGGUUAACCAGGAGGGUCUCAUCUCCUAUCCUUAGUAGGCACUGGUCUAAAAAUAAAAAUUAAAAAAGCUGUAAGGAAGACACUAGGGCUGUGUGCUACCACAGGAGGCUCCAGGUUUUAAAGGGGUUGACAGUGGAACUGGGUGAAAGCCAAACCCUUUCCACUGUGCCAAAAUCAUCUGCCUACAGUGGCAGACAGGUUUGCAUCAGCUUGACACAAGAAAUCAAUCUGACCUCUUCACCAAAGCCAUAGUGAAGACCUGAGGCACUCACCUCCAUGCCCAGAGCUGAGCUUUCCCCUUUC